AUGAGCCUAUCCGAUUCAGCAAAAGCGGGUAUAAUCAUGGCAGUCCUCUCGUUCCUACUCCUCGGCUUGGUCAUCCUUUACUGUACCAACCGUCAUCACCAGCGAAACACCCCCUCGAAAGCAACAACUACGUCUUCCCCCAUAGGUUCAGAGUCUCCAAAGUCCUCCCCGCCGCAGCUUACGGGCACCAACAAGCGCACCGGUAUCCUAGGCCUACAGCGUCAACAACAACACACGCGGUACCCAAGCCUAGAACACGGAUCUGGUCCAACUCUGGUCACAACGCCCCCGCCUAACACACCAGCAGUCGAUACGAUUAGAGCAGUUAUAACUACACCUGCGACAUCUUCAGCGUGCAUUAGGGUGCAGCCUCCUGCUACUGGGGCAUCGAACAACCGGAGUAGUUUGCAUCAGGCCAUGUUAGAUGUGGGUGCAGAGGACAGUCAGAAGAAUUGCAAUGAUUCUGUCGAGGAGGACGGUGAGGAUAUUAAGACUAAGAAUUUGAAGAACAGCCCCGCCGGCAAAGCAUAUACCGGAGCUUGGCCUUUGCGCGAUAUCAGCAGUGCGUAUGAUGAUCGAUGA